AUGAGCUUAAAACGUAAAAAUUCAUUCAAUCCCGACUGGGAGAAGCAAUAUAAUUUUGUAAAGAAAAGCAGAAAAGGUAAUGGCUAUUUUUUCUGCUUAUUUUGUAAGAAAGAUUAUAACAUUGAGUCAAUGGGAGUUUCUGCCAUUACGCAGCAUCAAGACCAAAAGAAACAUAAGGAAAUUGAAGAGGAAAAAAUGAAGAAUGAGACAAUGAGAAGUUUUGUAAUGGAUAAGGCAGUUCUUGGUACAAUAGAUAUGCAAGUUGCAGCAGCAGAAGGUAUGCAUUCUCAGCCCGUUGGUUAUGGAAAAUUUAAAGAACGAACUCGGAAAUCAACCCUUUUCGGUGUGUAUUGAUGCGAGUAACCAUGGUGCGAAAAAACUUGUGCCUAUUAUAAUUCGAUAUUUCAAUGGUAAAUCUGGACUACAGAUGAAGAUGCUUGAUAUGACCUCACUUCCAGGCGAAACAGCUUAUCAGUUAUAUAACUG